UGUACUUUCAGCUAAGGUUGAGAUCGAUUGGGUCAAAUCGCUCAAGGGACUCAAUUAAGACCGGUCCAAAUCCACGAUCUAGUCUUACUGUAUAGGCUUAUAGGUUACAUUAGUUUUAAAAUUCCUAAGAAAAAUGAUCGAAGCAGAAAAUAUUGAAGAUCAAAGUGGGCUACGUCCAGAUGGUAGGCGAGCAUUAGAAUUAAGGCAGAUUCGUGUAAAAAUGGGUGUUUUUGGUCAAGCCGAUGGAAGUGCUUAUAUCGAACAGGGUAACACUAAAAUUUUGGUUACAGUAUAUGGGCCUCAUCAGCCAAGAGGUUCUACAGGAAGGAAUACAACUAAAGGCAUAGUGAAUUGUCAAUAUAGCAUGGCGGUAUUUAGUUUAUCUUCUGGAGAACGUAAACGCAAACCAAGAGGAGAUAGAAAGUCGCAAGAAAGAUCUCUUCAAUUAAAACAUGCAAUGGAAGCCAUAAUACAUUUAGAAAUAUAUCCACGCUCACAGAUAGAUAUUUAUGUAGAAGCAUUACAAGUUGAUGGAAGUGAAUAUUGUACAUCUGUAAAUGCAGCUACACUUGCUUUAAUUGAUGCUGGAAUUCCUAUCAAGAAUUAUGCUAUAGGUUGCACUGUAACAUUAAUUAAUAAUCCAUCUUCGGAAGAUGAAGAUAAUACAUUAGGGAGAGGAGUACUAGAUGCAAAUUAUCUAGAAGAAUGUGCUCCUGGUGUUACUUUGUCUGUUGUUGCAUUACCAAAUAGUGAUAGUACAUCAAAAGAUGGUUUGAUAGUAGUAGCGCAAGGAGCAGGCCAAAGGUUGCAUUUGUCUCAAUUUGAGUCUUUAAAAGCUCGUGUAUUAUAUGGAUGUCAAGAUAUAAAAACUAUUUUAGAUCACGCAGUUAGACAAUAUCUAACAGAACAAUCACUUCCUUCUCUUUUUCAUGUUGCAUUAAAUUAAAUAUAUUAAUAAAAAAUUGUACACAAAAAA